UUUCUGGAGGAAACACAAUAUGAUUCUGCAAAUCCAAGCCAAAGCAAAAACUUUCUUUUAUUAAUAUUAAUUAAUUUCAAGAAAAUCAACACAUGGAGGGAGAGCAAUUCGAGCAACAGGAAGAUAGAGAAGGAUCAUCACCAGAGCUGUUGCAGAGCCUCAGAUCCAAAGCGACGGAGCAUCUUCUCCGGGAAGAAUGGGAAGAGUCUAUCCAUCUCUACACCAAGUACAUCGAUCUCUCCAGGACCCAAAUCACAAACCUUGCUGGAUCCGACCCGGAUACGGUUCCCAAGGUCCGUAAAUCCCUCUGCUUAGCUCUGUGCAACCGAGCCGAAGCCAGAGCGAGGCUUCACGACUCCUCCGAAGCGAUGCGGGACUGCGACCAAGCGCUCGAGAUCGAAAACACACAUUUCAAGACUCUUCUCUGUAAAGGCAAAGUCUUGCUAGCCUUGAGCAGAUACUCGUCGGCACUCGAGUGUUUCAAAACGGCUCUGCUCGACCCGCAAGCGAGCGAGAGCGUUACUGCGUACGUGGAGAAGUGCAAGAAGCUGGAGUUUCAGGCAAAGACUGGAGCUUUCGAUCUGUCUGAUUGGGUCCUAAGUGGGUUUCGUGGGAGAACUCCUGAGCUCGCCGAGUUCAUUGGGUCAAUUGAGAUUAAGAAGUCUGAGUUUAGUGGGCGUGGAUUGUUUGCAACGAAGAACAUCGUUACAGGAGCUUUGAUCUUAGUCACGAAGGGAGUUGCAACCGAGAGAGGGAUCUUAGGAAGUGAAAAAGCGCAGAUGGUUAUGUGGAAGAACUUCGUGGACGAAGUUACUAAAUCUGUGAGGAGAUGUGACAGAACACGGCGACUUGUCUCGAGUCUAUCCACUGGAGAAGAGGAAGACACUCUGGAGGUUCCAGACGUAUCUCUCUAUAUGCCUGAAGAAGAAGCAUUUGAGACCUGUGGUGACGACUCCUCUUUGGAUAUGGAGAAGCUGCUAAGCAUCUUGGAUGUGAAUUCUCUGGUGGAAGAAGCGGUUUCAGCUAAAGUUAUGGGGAAGAACAAAGAGUAUUACGGUGUGGGGCUGUGGACACUACCUUCAUUCAUCAACCACUCGUGUGUUCCGAACGCAAGACGGCUUCACGUUGGAGACUACGCCAUUGUUCAUGCCUCGAGAGACAUCAAGGCCGGGGAAGAGAUCACUUCUGCUUACUACGACGUGCUUUCUUCUCCGCUGGAGAAGCGGAAAGAGAUGGCUGAGUCGUGGGGGUUUUCUUGUAAAUGCAGUAGAUGCAAGUUUGAGAGUGUCUUGUCUGUUGCCAACCAAGAGAUUAGAGAGUUUGAAACGGGUUUAGAGAGAGGUGUGGACGCAGGGAACGCUGUUUAUAUGGUGGAGGAAGGGAUGAAGAGAUGGAAGGUGAAAGGGAAGGAUAAAGGGUUGCUGAGAGCAUCUUACUGGGGAGUUUAUGAAGAGGUUUAUAACUCGGAGAGGCUUAUGAGGAGAUGGGGUAGGAAGGUUCCAUCAAUGGAAGUUGUGGUGGACAGCGUCUGUGACGUCGUUGGAAGCGAUGAGAGAUUGUUGAAGCUGGUGGUGGAAGGGAUGAAGAAGAAGAAUGGAGGUUGUAGUAGUAACAUUGCAGAGAUGGAGAGAGUCUUGAAGCUAGGUAAGGGUGUUUAUGGCAAAGUUGUAUCCAAAAAGAAGGCAAUGAAGACUCUUCUUGGCCUAGAGUGACUGCAAAACAAAUAUUUUGCAACUGUUUGUAGGAUACUUUGCUUUCUAUGUAAUUCCUUGCCUCAUGGAAGAAAUAAAUCAUCCAGAGCUUUUAUUAUAAAGAUAGUCAAAUGGAUAUAACACUUGUUUUA